CUUCCUUCCUCCUCCCUCCUUCCUCACCUCCUCUUUGGAGACACGUGUCCCCUGCACCCUAAGCUUGCCUUCUUUCAAACAUCAGCUCCUGCCUUGUCAGGAAGCAAAGACUUUUCCAAACGAGCACGUCCUCUCUCGUCUCAUCAUGCCAGCCAGUGGAGCGGGGACAGUCCUGUGGCUCGGGAACAAUCCGACAGCACCUAGGAUACGAAGUAUGCGUAACUCUGUGGCGUCCCACAGGCAGCUCCCACGCAGGUCUACAGGAGCCUUCACGAGGAUGGUUCUCGAAGUGUUGUUUAUGGCAGGGUAGUGUAGGAUUAAAUCAGCGGUCCAGCGUCAGGAGGACAGAUAGGUGUGAGCCACACGGCCGUCAGGAGCCACGAGCAAGGUGACACAUCAUCCCCGGGAGAUCCUAAGAAUAUGGUGCUGAGUAAAGAGGAGCAGCACAUGUGCUCGUAACAAACUUAUGAGCUGAACGUGAAUAUGAAUGUAAACAGCUGGCGAACCGAGACGUGCUCAUUCCUCGCUCAAGCAAAGAAGCACCUCUAGCUGAAGAGACCAUUGUCCUUCACUGGCAUUCGAUUCACCCUACUGCUUCUCGGCCAUCUCCCUAUCCUGGCUCAUCGUGGUUGACUUCUCCGUCCACUGCAGUUCAGGCCUGCGGCAUCUGAUUGCUCUGACCAACCAAACGUCACAGGAAGCGAUGUGCGUGUGACUUCCAGGAGGAAGCUUUAAGAGCCCAUAGAAAUCAUUCUUUAAAGAGAGAGAAGAAAACAGGAACACAGCGCCCGCCCCGGAUGCCUCUCCAUCACUCCCACCAUGUGGAAGGCUGCUCUUGAAAUGCUGUGUAUUAACUUCCCAUUGCUGCAGGCCUCCAGCACCCGGAUUCCACUCCUCCAUGCUCAACUGUGCAGUUUAUUGCAAAAUUUAAGAAGACUUUAUGGAAGGUUCUGGAACAGUGGAAGGGAAGUGCAACACAGAGCACAACCCAAUGGUUACCUCCGAAGCCUCAGGAUCGCAGGAUCUAGCUGUGGCCAGUGCACCCAGAAAAGAAAGGUAUCAUGGAAAACAUGGAUUUUGCAAGUACCGAAAGGGCACCGCAAACCCGGGUUAAAGUCAACGGACACAAACAUACAGCCUGGGUAGAUAUUACGCAAAGUGGCACAAAGGAGGCAGAGAGAUGGCUACACCCUGGAGGGGUAAGGUUCCUGUGGGGGGAGAGAGAGGCGCAGAAGUGGCUAGUUCCCAGAUUUUAUAGGCCCCCAAUGGAUACCAUGUUGGAAGCCAGACUCCAGACCAAGCAGAGGAACACCCAGAACAGCCGGGAGACCAGCUUGUGGUCCUCAGGCUUUGGGAUGAAACUGGAGGCUGUUACCCCAUUCCUGGGGAAAUAUCGCCCCUUUGUGGGUCGCUGCUGCCAGACCUGCACUCCUAAGAGCUGGGCCCCCCCGACCCCCAAGGACAUGCUGUCCCUGGCCCCUCUCGUGCAGGAGUCCCUCUUUCACAGAAGCAUAAUGGAUCUAGGCUUCUGCAACGUGAUUCUGGUGAAGGAGGAGAACACCAGGUUUCGGGGCUGGCUGGUUCGGAGGCUCUGCUGUUUUCUGUGGUCACUGGAGCAACACAUACCACCUUGUCGGGAUGCCCCAGAGAAGAUCAUGGAAAGAACUGGGGUGCAGAAUGUCAUCUCAGGGAGGGACCCAGGAGGGGCUGGAGAAGGCCAGGUGUCAGGCCUUGUGAAGAAAGAGGUACAGCGCAUCCUGGGCCAUAUCCAGGCUCCACCCUGCCCCUUCCUACUCAGGCUAUUCAGCUGGGCGCUGCUGCGGUUCCUGAAAUGUGUCUUCCUGAACGUGCAGCUCCACAAGGGCCAGAUGAAGAUGGUCCACCAGGCCGCCCAGGCGGGCUUGCCGCUUGUCCUCCUCUCUACCCACAAGUCCCUCCUGGAUGGGAUCCUGCUGCCCUUUGUGCUGCUCUCCCAAGGCCUGGGUGUGCUCCGUGUGGCUUGGGACCCCCGCACCUGCUCUCCCACCCUCAGAGCUCUGCUAAAGAAGCUUGGGGGCCUUUUCUUGCCCCCAGAGGCCAACCUCACCUUGGACAGCUCUGAGGGAGUCCUUGCAAGGGCCGUGGUCCAUGCCGCUAUAGAGCAGCUGUUGGUCAGCAAGCAGCCCUUGCUUAUAUUCCUGGAAGAGCCUCCUGGGGUCCUGGGGCCUCGGCUGUCAGCCCUGGGCCAAACCUGGCUGGGACUGGUGGUGGAGGCUGUCCAGGUGGGCGUUGUCCCAGAUGCUAUGCUGGUGCCAGUGGCCAUCACCUAUGAUCUGGUUCCAGAUGCACCCUGUGAUGCAUACCACGCCUCGGCCCCACUGGGGUUGUGGACAGGAGCUCUGGCUGUCCUGCGGAUCCUGCGAGGCUGGGGCCGCAGCCGCCCAGUCUGUGUCCGUGUUCACCUGGCCCAGCCCUUCUCCCUACAGGAAUACACCAUCAACGCUAGAAGCUGCUGGGGCAGCAGGCAGACCCUGGAGCAGCUGCUGCAGCCCAUCGUGCUGGGCCAAUGCACUACUGUCCCAGACACGGAGAAGGAGCAGGAGUGGACUCCAGCAACUGGGCCCCUUCUGGCGCUCAAGGAAGAGGACCAGCUCCUGGUCAGGAGGCUGAGCCGUCAUGUCCUGAAUGCCAGCGUGAUGAGCUCGGCAGUGAUGAGCACAGCCAUCAUGGCGACACUGCUGCUCUUCAAGCACCAGAAGGGUGUGUUCCUGUCACAGCUCCUGGGGGAGUUCUCCUGGCUGACCGAGGAGACGCUACUGCGUGGCUUUGACGUGGGCUUCUCAGGGCAGUUGCGGUGCCUUGUGCAGCACACGCUGAGCCUGCUACAGGCACAUGUGACCCUCCUCCGCGUCCAUCAGGGGGACUUGCUCGUAGUUCCUCGGCUGGGUCCUGGCCUCACACACCUGGCACAUCUGAGUGCUGAGCUGCUGCCUACCUUCCUGAGUGAGGCUGUGGGUGCCUGUGCUGUACGGGGGCUGUUGGCAGGCAGGGUGCCGCCUGAGGGACCCUGGGAGCUACAGGGCAUCGAGCUGCUGAGCCAGAACGAGCUGUACCGCCAGAUCCUGCUGCUGCUGCACUUGCUACCACAGGACCUGCUGCUGUUACAGCCCUGUCAGUCUUCCUACUGCUACUGUCAGGAAGUGCUGGACCGUCUCAUCCAGUGUGGGCUCCUGGUUGCCGAGGAGACCCCAGGCUCCAGGCCAGCCUGUGACACAGGGCGGCAGCGUUUAAGCGCAAAGCUGCUGUGGAAGCCAAGUGGAGACUUUACUGAUAGUGACAGUGAUGACUUCGAGGAGGCUGAGGGCCGGUUCUUCAGGCUCAGUCAGCAGUCACGCUGCCCUGACUUCUUCCUCUUCCUCUGCCGCCUGCUCAGCCCGCUGCUCAAGGCCUUUGCACAGGCUGCCACCUUCCUCCACCAGGGACAGCUGCCUGAUACAGGCCUAGGUUUUUCUCUCCCACAGAGUCGGGCUACGCUGAGCAGCUGUUCCAGUUCUUGCAGGCCACUGCCCAGGAGGAAGGGUUCUUUGAGUGCGCAGACCCAAAUCUUGCCAUCAGUGCUAUUUGGACCUUCAGAGACCUGGGGGUGCUGCAACAGACGCCCAGCCCUGCAGGCCCCAUGCUCUACCUGUCCCCUGUGUUCACCAGCUGGGAAAAUCAGGAGAAGCUGGAACAGUUCAUCCGGCAGUUCAUUUGUAGCUAGAACUGUGGGAUGGAGUGCCUGCUGAGAGUCUCAGCCCCAGAUCAUAGCCAUGCGCUGGAGCCAGAAGACUGGAAGGGAGGCUGUACACCCUUACCCGAACUGUAUAUAAAACCUUUUCUUGUUUCA